AUGCCAGCUGACGCCCCUUCCCGAGGCGCCGACCUCGAGCUGCCAACUGCCAGUGUCCUUGGUCACCUUAAGGGUGGGCGUGAGUUGACCGCUGUCGCUGGGCUACCGACCCUUCGCCGAUGGGCUUCGAACUGGCAUCGCCUUUUCUUUAAACUUUGCCGCUUCUCUCCUCCAGCCGGGCUCCUCUACCGCCGCCGCGGGAGCUCCUAUCGAACCUUUGUGCCCUCGCCUUUGCAGUUCGAUGGAACGCUUGGGUUCCCUGGUGAAGGAAGAACCGUCGAGCCGGCGACGCAGAGAAACAGAGACGCCCUCUGGAACGCUUUCCUGGUUUGGCUGGACAGUGCUGGGGUUGACCGGGCUCUUUUUACUUCUGUCGAGGGUGUUGUCGACAUUGAUUCUAUCAACUGUAUUUUUGGGCGCUACGGACGGGACCUCUACUCGGCAGGGAGGCCCUUUGCCCACUACAGUGAGACUUUGAACGCCUUCGCUGCGAAGGUGCCAAAGGCCCGGAGGCUUCUUCAGCCGGCAUGGGACUUGGCUUUCAGCUGGAAGCGAGAAGAGCCGGGGCGACACCACACUGCGCUUCCCUGGCAGGCUUUGCUUGCCUUAGUUGGAGCAGCUUUUACUUGGGGAUGGCCGAGAGUUGCAGGUGCUCUCGCCCUCGCCUGGGGCGGUCUCUUGAGGAUUGGUGAGGUCUUGCAGGCCACCAGGGGCGACCUGACGUUGCCUGCCGACGUCAAGCACACCGUUGACUAUGCCUACCUCACCAUCAGGGACCCGAAAACCAGGUACCACGCAGCGCGCCACCAAGCCGUGCACGUGGACCAGCCUGAUAUUCUGGAGAUCAUUGACAUUGCCUAUGGCAAGCUGGGCAAAGCCGAGAGGCUCUGGAAUUUUUCGGGCCAAACCUUGCGAGUUCGCUUCAGACAGCUCUGUGCCGCACUUUCUUUGCCGUGCGAACCUGGUGGAAGGCUCCCGCCCCUUGAGCUCUCCUCGCUGAGAGCGGGCGGAGCGACGUGGCUGAUGAUGCAAGGAGAAGACAGCGAACUUGUUCGCCGCCGAGGCCGGUGGCUUUCGCACCGGAUUAUGGAAAUUUACGUUCAGGAAGUUUCCUCCUUGCAGCUCUUCGGCUACCUUCCCGAGGCUUCGAAAGAAAAGGUGUUUGCAGCACUUUGGGCCUUCAAGGACGUCGUUGCGAAGGCAAGGUUUUUCAGUACCGUUGGCAUUUUGCCAACUGUGUGGUACAAGCUUAUUGCAGCUGGGUCGAUCGCGGACGCAUAA